AUGGGGUCGUAUACUCCUCUUCACGACCAAGAGGUCCACACCAUUCAUAUCCCCGAAGAAGUGCGCCGGUCAGGCAAACCAACACUUGACCUCAUCGCCGAGGGCGCGGCGUUCCUGCACAAAGAUGGCAUCGUCGUGCUCGACAACGCCAUCGACCCGGAGCACCUCGACACGCUCAAUGCCAAGUUGGCCCCGGAGGCUCUCGAGAUCGCCGCCGACCCGGACCACCACUUCAACUUCGGCAAGCACACGCGCAACAUGGAUCAGGCGCCGCCGCCGACCAAGGCCCUGAUGUUCAAGGACGUCUGGUGCAACCCGUUCGCGGCGGCCAUCCUGGCGGCCGUGCUGGGGCCCCGGCCGGUCAUCCACUACGCCAACGGCAACACGGCGCUCAAGGCGCCUGCCCACGGCCGCCAGCCCGUGCACUCGGACUGCGAGUUCGCCCACCCGGCCUACUUCCCGUUCGCGUACGUCAUCAACAUCAACCUCGUCGACGUGACGCCCGAGAACGGCGGCACCGAGGUGUGGGUCGGCAGCCACCACGUGUCGGUGCACGAGGCGCACAACCGCUCCCCUCGCGACGAGGCGGACGGCGGCGAGGAGGGACUGCUCACCAUCAAGCCCGGCCCGCUGGAGCAGCGCCGCACGCACUCGCCGCCCGUGCAGGUCAGCACCAAGAAGGGCAGUCUGAUCCUGCGCGAUCUGCGGCUGUGGCACGCGGGCAUGCCCAAUCUGACCGACGACCCGCGCAUCAUGCUCGCCUUCGUGGCCAGCCCAGCCUGGUGGCAAGGCCGCAGCAAGAUCCAGCUGCCCCUCGAGGUGAAGGACAUGGUCGAGAGCUGGGGCGCCGAGAUGGCCUACGCCGCCGACUGGGUCGCGGGAGAGGUCGACCACAAGAAGCUGCGCAGCGCCGGCGUCGACUUUGACGGCAACAGCGCGGUCCUCGAGAGGUUUCGAAAGGAGCUGAGUGCGUGGCCUGAGUAUCGCCCCAGAUGGUACUGA